UUUUUAUUUAUUAUUUCUCCUCAAUUAGAGCCUAGUUAUUGCCAAUGCAGGCCUGGGUAAUGGGAUGAGUAGACAUCAACUGCACAGGAUAGUAGAAAACUAUGGAAUGGUGGAAGCACUUCUAAUGCCACCGAAUAAACCAUAUUCAUUUGUGAAAUACGAGUCAACAGAAGAAGCCAAGAAAGCCUUUGAUGCCCUGAAUGGAAAAGAAGUAACACUGGAAGACUCUGACCAAAAAAUUGUUUUGUAUUGUAAUUUUGUGGAAAAAGUUUGCUGGAAGAAUUCUAUUCCUACAAGCUUGCCUCCAGACCUCAAAGUCAUUGAAAAUGUUAUUUCUCCAGAGGAAGAAAGGAAGAUGCUGGAAAGCAUUGACUGGAGAGGAGAUGAAAAUACUCAAAAUGGUGGGCAAAAUCAAACCCAGAAGACUUUAAAGCAUAGAAGAGUAAAACAUUUUGGAUAUGAGUUUCGCUAUGAUAACAAUGAUGUUGAUAAAGACAAGCCUUUACCUGGAGGUCUUCCUGAAAUUUGUAUCUCGUUCUUAGAGAAAUGCUUGAAGCAAGGAUAUAUCAAACAUAAGCCUGAUCAACUGACUGUAAAUCAGUAUGAACCUGGACAAGGAAUUCCUCCUCAUAUUGAUACGCAUUCUGCUUUUGAAGAUGAAAUAAUCUCUCUCAGUUUAGGAUCUGAGGUAAACUUAAUAUUUGUAUAUACUUCGCUGUUUUAUUGGGAAGGGGAUAACUUUUUUCCCAUUGUCCAGAUAAUUAAUGGAGGCAUUAAACACCAGGCACAGUAUCACACCUGGGUUACACCACUAGUGAUGUCUCCUACUACCCUCUCUGUUGCUGCCAUCGUCAACGAUACCUUCUUGUAUAAAACACUGUAG